GUAUAGUGUGAGAAUACGUGUUAUUCAUUAUUUUCGACAGAGAGGAAAAAAAAAAAAGAAAGAAAGGAAACGUUAACCGUUACUUUAUUUAUUUACACAAUUAAAGAUAGUAGAAGUCAUCCGGGAUGUAUUAAACGGUGGUUUACAGUGAACAGUGCAUGAUUACCUUGACUUCAUUUAUAAUAUUUUUCUUUCAAUUCGUCAAUUCGAAUGCAAGUCUGACGCGAAAGAUCUACGAAGCUGCGGACAUAAUUUCUUUAUGAAUUUUUUCCUCCUUACUUAUCUUACAAUUUGUUUACAAUACUUUUCCCAUUGUUAUUUUACAUCCGAGUUGUUAAUCAUACAGAAAGUGCAUCUUAUUCUAAUAUAAUACCAAUUCCGUUUCAGGAAUUGUUUCUAAUAUUUUAUAAAGACCACCCUAUGCUUUCUUAAUGCAGACAUUUCAGGUUUUUAUAACCUGAUUACGCGAUCAAAAGGUUCAAUUUGUAAUCUUAUUCAAACAUGUUUCUGGAUCUUUGACAGAACAAUAAACGGAAGUAGAAAAUAAAUAUUAAGAAGAAGCUAACCGACUUAAAGAAGAAAUCUCAAAUAUGUGGGGAUCUCAAUCGGUUAACUCUAACUCAAAUUCCAAUUCUAAUUCCAAUUCUAAUUCUAAUGCCAAUUCUAAUUCAAAUUCAAAUGAGAAAAAGGAUAAAACUAGUACACUAGGUAUGACAUCGGCUAUUAGUAUGGCCGAACCAAAACCUAAUGACUAUAUUAGAACAAAUGAAUUAAAGGAAGCUUUAAAACCAUACAAUGUAUUUGAAUCGGAAGAAGAAUUGAAUCAUAGAAUGGAAAUAUUGAGUAAAUUAAAUACUUUGGUAAAGCAGUGGAUUAGAGAUAUAAGCUAUGCAAGAAAUAUGCCACCUAAUGUUGCAGAUAACGUUGGUGGAAAAAUAUAUACCUUUGGUUCAUAUAGAUUAGGUGUUCAUCACAAAGGUGCUGAUAUCGAUGCCUUAUGUGUUGCCCCAAAACACAUAUAUAGAUCCGAUUAUUUCUCAUCGUUUUUUGACUUAUUAAGAAUGCAAGAAGAAGUGACUGAUUUAAGAGCAGUGGAAGAAGCAUUUGUACCAGUUAUUAAAAUGAAAUUUGAUGGUAUUGAGAUUGAUAUGUUGUUCGCUAAAUUAUUGUGUAAAGAAGUUCCAGAUAAUAUGGAUCUUAAAGAUGAUUCUUUGUUAAAAAAUCUUGAUCAGAAGUGUGUAAGAAGUUUGAAUGGAUGCAGAGUAACGGAUGAGAUUUUACGUUUAGUACCUAACAUAGAAAAUUUCCGAUUGGCACUUAGAGCUAUUAAAUUAUGGGCUAAAAGACAUGGCAUUUAUAGUAACGUUUUAGGAUACCUCGGUGGUGUAUCAUGGGCAAUGCUCGUAGCUCGAACAUGUCAACUUUAUCCUAAUGCUGUAGCUGCAACAUUGAUUGAAAAAUUUUUCCUUGUAUUUUCUCAAUGGAAAUGGCCACAACCUGUUCUACUAAAACAACCCGAAAACUGUAACUUAGGCUUUCCAGUAUGGGAUCCAAGAGUAAAUAUGUCAGACAGAUAUCAUUUGAUGCCAAUAAUAACUCCAGCAUAUCCACAACAAAAUUCAACAUUUAAUGUAUCUGCAUCGACACGAAAAAUUAUGCAGCAAGCAUUUGACGCUGGUUUAAGAACAACCGAAGAAAUUAUAACAGGAAAAGCAACGUGGGACAAAUUAUUCGAACCAUCCCAUUUUUUCACAUCAUAUAAACAUUAUAUCAUAUUAUUGGCCAGAAGUUUAACACCAGAAGAUCAACUAGAAUGGUGUGGACUAGUUGAAUCCAAAAUACGUCAUCUCAUAGGUAUACUGGAAAGGAAUCCUCAUAUCAAAUUGGCUCACAUUAAUCCAGAAGUUUUCCCACCAUUAAAACCAGAGCCAGAUAGACAAUGUUCUAUGUGGUUCAUUGGAUUACUUUUUGAAUCCAGUGAAAACUUAAACAUUGAUUUGACACAUGACAUAAAGACUUUUGUCGAUACGAUUGAAAGGCAGGCCGAAGCAAUAAAAAUGUUAAAAGAAGGCAUGUGGAUAGAAGUAAAACAUGCGAGAAGAAGAGAUUUAAUCAACUAUCUUCCGGCUUCAUUAUUAAAAAAAGAGAAAAAGUCAUCAAGUGGGAAUUCACACCACAACGGAAAUAUUGCUGGAAAUGGAAAGAAUGGCGGUGUUUCUUCCAGAAAUCAAGAUACCGCUAAUAGAAAAAGAUUAUCCGAUCAAAGUCUUGAUAGUAAUGGAAAGAAACGAAAAGUUGUCGAGAAUGAGCAACAAGUAUCACAGGCGGAAGACGAGUCGUUAGUGGUUCAGUCAUGUGGAGAUGAUAGCAACUCUGGCUUUAGUUUGGACGAUUACAAGCAGACUGUAACGAUUACUAAGGAUUUAACAAAUUGUACAUAUAAUGAACAAUAGACACAUCAUUAAACAAUAUUAGGAAGGGCCUACCGAUACGUCUACGGAAGCACAAGACGGAUAUGAAUGUACUUGACCAAUAAAAAGUUACUACCUCACACCGAUCCACAGAUGUUCUUCUGGGCCAUCUAGACUGUAAGCACUUUUCACGCAAAACCAUCCAACGUUCUCACUGUAAUUGUCCCACGUUAUGUAAAAGCAAAACCAAUGUUCAUAUAUCGAAGAAGGAAAAUAGAAGAAAAAAAAAUAAAAAAAAAAAGACAGACAGAUAGACAGACAGACCGACAGACAUAAAUAAGCAGCUAAAUAUCCGUUUGUAAAACAAUUGAUGAGCAAUUGUAUGAAGUUAAAAAAAACAGGACGCGCUAUUAAUAAUCUUAGGAUUUAUAGAAUUAUUGUCACGAAGUCAAUGGGAGCAAUUUAAGACGAACGACAAAUAUCUGUACGAUUUAUGCCAGUGUCAGUGUUUUCACUUGAUCGCUAAAUAUAUAAACAAUUUUUUGAUUUAAUAAUGACUAAAUGAAGAUUUUAAUCGCUGCCCUUUUCAGACUAAUAUAUAUUUUUAUUUUUUUAUUAUAUUUUGUAUAUAUCACUUAAGGUAAUAUUUCUUGGCCCGCAUAAAAAAGACAAUUCAAAGUCUAAGGAAAUGCAUUCAAGUAGAAGUUAAAAAAAAAAAAAAAAAAAAAAAAAAAAA